AUGUCGUCAAACAGUUCAGAACUCCCCACCAACACUGUGGACACAUUAAAAUUGAAAAUCAAAGCGGAUAGGAUUGUUGAUUGCAUCAUCUUCUCUCAACGCAUGUCCAAGUCAUGGAAAUUUCCUUCAUUCAUUUUAGAAGAUGAACAACUUCUUUCCGAGUAUUUUCAACCGGCACAAGAAGAGUUUCUUUCAUUAACUUUUGAUGAGAGACGUCAAAUUGUCGAGUGGUACGAGCAAUUAGGACAAGAAAUUGUUCCACUCUAUGAUGGAGAAUUUGCCGAAGAUGCAUUGCAUGGUUCUCCGAAUCGUUGCAACAUGGUGACCUUACAUGAACAAGAUGCCAUCCUGUACGGUCAGGUUGUUCGAGAUUUUAUGAGAAAAGUAUUUGCAGCAACUGUGAGUGAGGAGGAUAAGGAAAGAGUGGAAUUGAUGUUUUUGUCAGAUCCCAAAUUAUUACAAAGUACCAUUGAGGCAAACACGAAACGAAGUCGUUGA